UUUCUGUGUUGUCACAGAAUACAGAAGAAUUGACAAGACCGACUGGCCGCACGUCUGUCUAAACUCAAAUGGCCGUUCUUCAGUCAAACAGGGAGAAGAAACUCAAACUUCAAGAUCUGAACUCGUUCAUCACAUGCAAACUUUGCAGUGGAUAUCUGAUUAAGCCGACGACGAUCACGGAGUGUCUUCACACAUUCUGCAGAUCAUGUAUUGUGAGAUAUUUACAAGAUAGGGACGACAAUAAAUGCCCCACUUGCUCGAUUCUCAUCCACGAAACAAAUCCAUUUGAAAUGCUCAGGUCGGACCAGACGCUGGAGGAUGUAGUUUACAAACUUGUUCCCGCGUUGCAAGCUAACGAGGAAGAGAGAGAACGAGAAUUUUACAUGCAACAAAGUGUCGAAGAGAGAAAGAAAAUAAAUGAAGAACCCAAAGAAAAUGGAACGAAUGCUUUUGAUUCAACAGAUUACAAGCUUGCGAGUAAAAGAGUAAAACUUUCAGGAGAUGAAUACGACAGCGGAGAGAACUUCCAUCGCGACGAUCCUCAGAUUGGAGUUUGUCUGGAACGUCUCUGUGACAACUCAGUUCAAGAGCAGCCGAUAAGGGAGCUGGUACGAAAAUACAUCCGCUGUUCAUCUAGACUGACAAUAGCACAGGUCAAGAAAUUCCUUAAAGUGAAGCUUGAUCUGAGAACUGCUGACCAAGUCGAAGUGAUGUGUAAUGGAGAAAUUAUGGGCAAAGAUCAUACCCUGGAGUUUGUAUACAUGACUAGAUGGAGAAUAAAGGAGGGAUCUCUCCUCACUCUCCAAUACAGACCAAGAAUGGAUUUUCUUUGAGUGCGAUACCAGGUUCCAGUUUCAGCCGACAACAACAACAGCAACAACAACAGUGAUGUUAAGUCCAAAACCUCGAAGCUGGUUGAGCAAAUGACCUCUGCAGUAGACCAUAAAAGCCGAAAAAGUUCAACAGAGUGUACUAAAAUGACCUUAAUAUAUUAAGAUUUAAAGUACUGUAAAUAUCAAUCGACUACAGUGUAAAAUGAAAUAAGUAGUUCCCAAGAACUUGAAUAAGGUUUUAUCUCUUGAAUCAGGAGGACCUUAUUUGAUGAAAACGAGUUGAUCUAUUGGAGAAGGAAACUUCGUAAAUGUCCUGAUAUACCCUCGUUCGCUGUUUGCGCCAUCAACGCGUACACAAUGAUACAUGGCCACUUUUGAGACUUACAACUCCACUGAGAUCUUUCGCGAUAUUAACCAAAUCCCGGUGGAUUAAAAUCCUUACGCUAGAAUCAGUUAGUGGCAGAUUGUGCACUGAUUGUACUAAAUUGAAUAGUAGAACAUGUAAAAGCACGCUAAAUUAAUCUUCCACAAAAAGAUAAAUAUUUUGUAAAAAAGACUGCGCGUGUCGAUCGUUGUAAGUUCAAUAAAAAUAAAGUAUUAUCGUUUGUCUUA